AUGAACGUGGAUCUGGUGGAUGAACGUCCAUAUCGAUCAAAGAUGAAACGGCCGUGUGAUCGCUGUCGCUCUCGAAAGAUAGCCUGUAUUCUUCAUGGAAGUGGCCCAUGCCAGAGUUGCUGGAAUGCCGGCAAAGACUGUGUAUUCGACCUACCGCCAAUUAGACGAAGAAAUAACCAUCUAGUGCGAGCAAAUACUACGUCUGUUGGUUCCUCUGCGGAAUAUAAUAUCCAGAUUAAUCGUAAUGAAGGUUUAGAGCAAUCAAGACCAUCGCCGCAUUUUCAGCGACAAAGCCAUACCCAGAACGACGGGCCGAACAAUAAUGGAUCCCAGGACGUUUCCGUACCCAGGAUGGGGUCCCAAGGCCGUCCUGAUGAUUUUCUAUCUAUGCCUACUACACGUAGGCAGAGCAGCCACUCGGAAUACCUUCUACAAGAGAUUGACCGGGAUGCGCCAGUUGUCCAACACAUUCGUUCCCUAGAUCAACUCGAAGCUUCAACCGCUCAGCUGUUCGGAACAUCGGCAGAAUCUGACCCGUGGCUGCUACGUCACUGCAAGUAUGAUGAGAACGGAAUUCGCAGCCUAAAUCGAAUUCAAUUUCGGAAUGUAGGAGGUGUGCCAGUCGAAGGCUUAGUCCCAGUUCAUUUUCUUGUAACUGAAGACACACUUUGGAAGUCGGCCAAGAAAGCUACGGCGAUUCGUGCAGACACAACUCCAGAGGAAAUGCGCAUCGAAUUGGACGACCUAGUUCCACCGAAAUGUGGUUGGAGGCUGAUCAGUUUCCGCGUUCAAAGAUUCAUGAAAUUCAUUUUCCCGUCAAUGCCAAUUGUCUCACGCUCCGAAUUUCGGUUGUUAAACCAAUCUUUACAGAACGUGCCUGUUCAUCUACUCGCAGCAAUAUAUGCCACUGCUUUACCCUUUAAAAACCAUGACCCAGCGCUAGUUAUCUUCGGAGUGUACGACGAAUCAUUAGGCGACAGGAUUUGGCGAAUCGUUUAUGAACUCCUCAUGCAGGAGAUCCAUACUCCGCACUUAUCCGUCAUUCAAGCUUGUUUAUUAUAUUUGCAACGCCUUCCCACUGGAAGCCAAAGCGCAUUAGCAGAUAGCCCUCUUAUCUGGUCAUUUCUGGGAAGUGCGGUGGCCUUAGCACAUUCUCUAGGACUUCAUUUAGAACCGAGCCCUUGGGGUAUUCCAUCUUGGGAGAAACGUCUACGAAGACGGCUAUGGUGGGCAGUCUAUUUGGAGGAUAAGUGGCGUAGCCUACUAAUCGGUCGCCCACCGUUUAUCCAUCCAGAAGACUGGGACGUCAAAGACUUAAAUGAUACUGAUUUUAUUGUUGAUGAACUUGAGGAGAUAUCGGCGGGGGAGCUACAUGCUAUUCUUCCGGCAGAGAGUGAAUACGGGCUAAUUUUUAGGUCAUUCAUCAAAUUAGCUCAAGUUGCUGACAGGAUUCAUCAAACAUUUUACACACUCAAAAGAUCUCAGACGAUGUCCGAGGACUUUCUGGCCUCCAUCAACGCCGCUAGGCCAAUCCGCGAGGAACUUCAGACUUGGUAUAGAACUUUGCCGCAAUCUUUGCGAAUGAACCAUAUACAUGAAAAGGGCAGUAAGAGUCGGGAGGACGAUUUGCAGAGUAUUGAAGGAGUUUGUGCUCUUCAUUUUGCAUAUUUGACUCUCGAACUGUUUGUGUAUCGCGCGAUUUUGAGGCCCCUAGCCCGGUCCCCUCCGCCACCGCCAAUAGUGGCUGAUGAUAAAAAUUCGCAGACAAUGAUGUGGUUACUCGAAGACCUAGGGAUUGAUGGCUAUGGAUUAGAUCCUUUUCUUUCGGUGGACAUUUCGGAAUUUGGCGAUGCCGCGGAGGCCACAUUGAAUGCUGCGCAGAAGUGUGCUGGAAUCAUCGUAAAUUUUGUCGGGGCAUUGAGUUCCAGUGACUUGGACACAUUUUGGUAUCCAUGGAGUCGUAUAUGCUUUGCGACAGUGUCUAACUACAUUACCCUACUAUUGAUACAAGCGCCCACGGGACAUCAUGCUUCGCGAGCAAAGUAUCUUUUAGACAGCUGGUCGCUGAACCUGGGCCGCCAGUAUAACCACAAUCAACCCCUGUUGUCAUUGGGACUUGUACGACUACGUACAUUUUUAAAUGAAGGGUUAGGUCGGACCUUUAUCAUGCCUCCUCAUGUGACAUCUGUUUUGAACACGAACCCACAUGACGAGUAUCCGUCAGUGUGA